AAUUUGGAAAAGUCAUUUUGCUCUGCUCAUCCCAGUGUCAAGAUAUCCGUUGCACAAAAUGAAGACUUUGUAUCAGCUCACCUUGGAAGCAGUCCCUAACAAGGGUUUAAUGGCCGAUACAUUUCUCGUGCCUGGUCAUCCGAUCACCAAAGAACUUAAAGCCCAGCAGUACAUCGAAGACAGAAAUAAGUAUAGAGAACAACACCGCAUCAAUUUCAGGUUUGUCUACGCAGAUUUGUUUUAUCCAAGCCUUCUCUUCAAACUCAAACUUUUACCCGAGCGAUGUUACGUUUUUAAAUCGAUUGUGGAAACAAAUCCACGAUUUACUUUAGUUCAUGUUCCGUUUUAGGCCUAUUCUGAAAUCCCUGUUUUGGAUUAGAGAUUGCACAUGGUUAAGUGUGAAGACCAAAUGUUGUAUGAUUGAACUGUAAAAACGUGUUUUUAAACGCGCUUGUUGAUGUUUUAUUUUAAAAAUUGUUUGAAUCAGUUGAAACAGCGAAGAUGGGCCAUGUAUUGUCAUAAAACAGAAUGGAUUCCCGUGAAUGCAAAGAUUCCUAUGUGUUCCCAAUGUAAAAGAAUUAGGAAAACGCAGUUAACAUUAGACGGUUUACGUUUGCAAAGGCAAAAGAAAUUUGUUGAUAAAAAUGAAGAGGCUCGUUUAAUUCGCCGUUUUUACUAUACGCCAAUUCGUAGACACUUAGAAUUUAUGUACGGUUUGGUUUCUCUUUAGCAAAUGUUUGCGACAAAUCAAGAAGUGUCAUUUUUGUAGAUCGGCCCAAUGGCUUUCGUUUCAAGAAGGAGUCUGUUCACAUUGUCUCAGAAUUGGAGUUGAUUGUUUGACUGUGACGGGUCAAAUGAGAUAUGACCGUUACAAAAGAGUUAAUUUUGAAAUGGAACGGCACAAAAU